GAAAUGAGCCGAAUGAAGCGAACAUGUCUGUGAAGUCCGAGAAACUAAAAAUUUGUCGUUCACUGUAUUGAUGUAAAUUUUAAAAAUCUAGGAAAAUGAUAUUGUAAAAGUUUAUUGAAACAGUUUUAUUAACAUUUUAAUGAUAUAAUAGUGUUAGUUUUGUUAAUAUAGUCCAGAACGUUGUAAAACAUCGGUAAAGUGCGAGAGUUUAGUGCGAGUGCUAGCAAGGGUGGUAACGAGAAAUGUGAAGUAGUAUCUAUGAAGUUCAGGAUUCGGCCGUUUAUUUUAUACCUAUAAUAAUGAGCGGACGCCCUAGGACCACAUCAUUCGCCGAGGGCAGCAAAUCCGUUCGAAAGACAUUCGAUAACAAUCAACCACCCAAACCACCUCUCGGAGGAGUAAAAAUUAGCAGCGACGUGGACACACCUAAGACCGAGCUGGCUUCGGAAAAAAAGACAUCGCACCGCAAGGACGGGUCGAAGGUGACGACGGUGGUAGCGACGCCGGGGCAGGGUCCCGACAGACCCCAGGAGGUCAGCUAUGCCGACAUGAAACUGAUCGGUAACGGCAGCUUCGGUGUCGUCUACCAGGCCAACUUAUGCGAUACCGGCGAGCUCAUUGCCAUCAAGAAGGUGCUCCAGGAUAAAAGGUUUAAGAACCGAGAGCUGCAAAUUAUGCGACGACUGGAGCACUGUAAUAUUGUCAAAUUGAAAUACUUCUUUUACUCCAGCGGAGAAAAGGUGACAGUGCCCGAUGCGGAUAGCUCACUUCUAAACGCAAUGCAGUCUCUAGAAGUCGCAAAGGACGAAGUGUACCUGAAUUUGGUGCUGGAGUUUAUACCGGAGACGGUGUACAAAGUUGCACGUCAUUACUCCAAAGAUGAACAGACCAUACCUAUUAGUUUUAUAAAGCUAUACAUGUACCAGUUGUUCCGGAGCCUGGCGUACAUACACUCUCUGAGCAUCUGCCAUCGGGACAUCAAGCCCCAGAAUCUGCUCCUCGAUCCCAAGACCGGGGUUCUCAAGUUGUGCGACUUCGGUUCCGCCAAGCACCUAGUGCGAGGCGAGCCCAACGUGUCCUACAUAUGCUCGAGAUACUACCGCGCGCCGGAGCUCAUAUUCGGCGCUAUUGACUACACGACGAAGAUAGACGUGUGGAGCGCGGGGUGCGUGGUGGCGGAGCUGCUGCUGGGUCAACCGAUAUUCCCCGGCGACUCCGGCGUCGACCAGCUCGUUGAGAUCAUUAAGGUUCUAGGAACACCGACAAGGGAACAAAUACGCGAGAUGAAUCCCAACUACACGGAAUUCAAGUUUCCACAAAUCAAGAGUCAUCCAUGGGCAAAGGUGUUCCGCGCGUGCACGCCGCCGGACGCGAUCUCGCUCGUGUCCCGUCUCCUGGAGUACACGCCCGGCGCGCGCCUGUCGCCGCUGCAGGCAUGCGCGCACGGCUUCUUCGACGAACUCCGAGAGCCCGGCGCGCGCCUGCCCAACGGCCGCCCCCUGCCGCCCCUGUUCAACUUCACCGAGUACGAGCUCGGCAUACAGCCGGCGCUCAACGACUUCCUCAAGCCGCGCGCGCCCGCCGACGCGCCGCCACCGACCGACGACGCAGGUGAAAACGCAGCGGCUAGCGGCCCCAGCGGUUCGCCGGGGACGUCGUAGAGCAACGCGAUGCCGAGCGCCGGACCGCAACCGCACGCACCGACGUACAUACACUAGACGGACACGCCAAACUCAAUCCUACCCCGCACUUAUAAAGCUCGUUGUCGCAUACGCCGCGCUCGUGAUUUAAGCCGUCUAGUGAUGGACAUGACCGAUGUAGCGCUACAUCGGACUGGCACCGCUUCGAAAGAAAUCGAUACGUACCCUACCAUUAUUACAGCUCAUUAUUGCGUACACUACACCACAUACGUAACUUCUCAUUAUUGCAUAAUAAUAUAUUCGGGACGAUCUUAAGACCGUUUAAUGCGAGCACGCACCGAGGUAGCGCUACAUUGAGCCCCGCACUAGACGAACAAAUCAAAUUGAACCGUACCCAACAUGUGUUGAAGUUCAUUAUUGCAUCUACUUAUAUAAUCUGCAUAGAAUUGGCUCAAAAAGACCGUCUAGUGCGAUCGAGUGUGAAGUCAUUACGUACAGGCAUUUUUAGUGUAAAUUUAUUUUUAUUUCUAUCUUUUACCCGAUUAACCUAUGUAGUGCCAAUAGUAUGUUGUAAUAAAGCGGCUUUCGGACAUUGAAUUUAGAGGCGAUUUAUUCUUAAAUGCGUCGUAGUGUAUGUGUUUAAUACGCAAAUUUAUCGUAACGGUACGUCGUUGCAUAUAGCGUCUGUAGAUUCAUUAUUAUUAUACGAGUGAAUGCGUCGCACCUCUAUGCUAUCGAUAUAAAUCGGUCUUCUAUUUUGCGUCCCUAGUCGAGAGUAUCCGAACGAAUUGAAAUAUGUACAUACUCGAUACUUGUCGUAUGUUAGAACGAAUAAUUAUACUGUCUUCUGUAGUUCUGGAUCGUGACGACGUCGGAUCCGUUAUACGAUUGAGUACGUAGGCCGUAAGUCGUGUGAGUGUUAGGGCGGCGCUGUAGAGGCGAGGUAUCUAUUUCUCGGUAUUCGAGUCGGUUCGCUGCUUAGUGAUAGUAUUCUUUUCGUGUUGGCCAUCGGGAAAAUUAUGCAUAUAGGUGUCUUCGACGAGUAAUCGUGUGAUACUGUAGUGUAAUCGUCGAUAAAGCUUGAGCUGUUGUAGUCGGUAAGAAGGGUAAAAUCCACAGUAGAUUCUAAACCGUCGCAAUGUGAUUACUUUGUACUUUUGUAAGCUCAAAUUCCUUCCUUCUGUAUAUACCUUACGCUGUUUUUGAUGUCGAUAUAUCCGCUCGCGAUCAUCGAAUAUUCAUUCCUACACGUAACGGAUCCGGACCCUCGUUAACGUAGCGGACUCCUAUGUAUCGUAGUGAUCGUUUCGCAAUGGUAAAGUAGUCACGUUUGUCGCGCAUCACGUCACGUCGAGGGUAGCCACGUAGCUCGUAGACUCCGUUCGCGCGAGUGCAACGCAUAAGUGACGCGUACUUGUAAAUUUUUAUAUAUUACUAGUAUAAACUGAUCUCUCAGGAUAAUUUUAAUAUUUAACUAUAUCUCAGAAUAUUAUGUAUUUGUAUAAACAAUUGAAACGAUAUAAAUUUUUAGACUCGUACUACACAUCGGUUUCUUUUAUGCGACAAACCUUCGAGUGUACGUCCGCUGUUGUGUACCUCACCCUAAGUGAACGCUGAAUGUAAUGUAUCUAAAUAGCACUGUCGGCGUCCUAUUGUAACGUCGUAGUUUUUCGAUAAUAUUGUAUUCUAUAUUCAAUAAAUGGUAUUUCUGCUAUGUAAAAUUUGUCAUUGAGAACGCGUUACUAGUAGUCAUUUAUAAAAAUAAUGUGUUAUUAUAAUUAAAUUUCAUUGUCAUAGUUUUUAAGCAUUUGAGCGAUUUCAUUUUGCACUUCGAGUUGGCAUGCAAUUACAAAUUAGGAAGGUAUUAAAUUCUAAGUAUAAUUAUAUCUAUAAAUUUAAUUCACGGUUUAGAUGUAGCCUAAUCGCGUCAGCUGCGGUGCGGCUAGCGCCUGUUAUCGAGUUGGGCAGCUGGAGUGGCGGAUUCCUUACACCCGGAUCUCCUUGAAUCUUCAAUAUGACACUCGAUUCACUCUCACCACGUGUUCCGUACCGCGCCGCUGACAAAGUGCGGCCGCGUGCACGCUCGACUGCGUGCGCGCCCGUAUCGCGAAGCGACCACGUGGUACAGUGGCCGCGAUGGCGGUCACGUAUGCAUGCAUCCGCGGUCACGUAUAUUAUAUACGCUCGUAUUACUACAUAUUUGUAUGUACUAAUUACUUAUAAAUUUUUUUAGUGUACUAAGAAGUGAAGGCGCUCGGCGCUCGAUUUGAAAUCACACAUAGUAGAGCUUAGUUGUCGUCCUUGCGGCUAUUAUUUUGCUGACACCUUUAUGAUUCGUGUAAAUAUAUUAUUAUAAUUAUUAUGUAUGGUAUGACUUAUAUCGGUAGGAGGCGCUCCGGAGGAUUCAGUAAGGGUUAUGAUAGUCUAGAUAUGCAUAUUUUAUUAAGUCUAUGAAUUUUAUAAUCGACGUUGCUUCUGAAGACCCUCUGUGUAAAAAGUUAAGACAUACUAGUGACCUGAAUGUUCGAAGCGAUGUUAGAACUUAGAACGUCUAUAUUCCCACUGAAUUCUCACUUUCACGUUUUGCGUGCACAUUUACGUCAUGAGAAUUUCCGGUUCAAAUGUUUCGAAAUGGGGUUGACUUAUAUAAAUUAUUUAAAGUAAAAAGAGUUUUCUUAUUGCUAGUACUGUAAUAAUAAAUUUAAUAGUGAGUGAAAUUUGUAUUUUGUUUUAAUUUGUUUUACAGAAUUUGAAUACAUCGUAACACCCAUAUCGUUGUUAGUUAUGAAUGAAAAUAACAUAAUUAUAAAAGUAAAUAUUAAAUGAAUAGUA